AUGACCACUUUGCGUCGCAUGCUGCGGAGACGCCUGCACCCACUCAAACUGGCCAUAGUCGCUCUACUCUUCGUUUCCUUCAUCUUCUUCAUCCAGUGGGAGGUGGGGGCCCCGGGCAGCCAGGACGACCCAUGGCUUCGGGACAUGGCCGAAAAGCGGGACUCUAUGCUGGGUAUGGUGAUAGGGGCCGUGCAUAACUUUCGGGAUGCCAUGCCCAAGAUGCAGAUCAAAGCUCCGGUCAGACAGCAGCAGGAGGCGGGGGAGGCCGGGUCGUGUCUGCCCGGUCACUACACCGCCUCAGAGCUACGGCCGGCUCUAGAGCGCCCCCUGCAGAGCCCGCUGGCUCCUGGAGCAGCUGGCAAGGCCUUCCACGCAGACUCGCUCAGCCCCGAGGAGCAGAAGGAGAAAGAGAGGGGAGAGGAGAAACACUGUUUUAACUUGUUCGUCAGUGACCGCAUUUCUCUGAGCCGGGACCUGGGAGCCGAUACCAGACCCCCAGAAUGCAUCGAGCAGACUUUCAAGCGAUGCCCGCCCUUACCCACCACCAGUGUUAUCAUAGUCUUCCACAAUGAAGCCUGGAGCACCCUAUUAAGGACAGUGUACAGUGUCCUCCACACAUCCCCGGCCAUCCUGCUCAAAGAGAUCAUUCUAGUGGAUGACGCCAGCGUGGACGAGAUGUUGAAGGAUCAGCUGGACGAGUACCUCAAACAGCUCCACAUGGUGCGUGUGGUUCGACAGAAGGAGAGGAAGGGGCUGAUCACCGCCCGGCUGCUGGGGGCCUCUGUUGCCACGGGAGACACACUCACCUUUUUAGAUGCCCAUUGCGAAUGCUUCCACGGCUGGCUGGAGCCUCUGCUGGCGCGGAUAGCAGAGAACUCUACAGCGGUGGUCUCUCCUGACAUCACCACCAUAGACCUGAACACCUUUGAGUUCAUGAAGCCGUCGCCGUACGGACAGAACCACAACCGCGGCAACUUUGACUGGAGCCUGUCCUUCGGCUGGGAGAGUCUGCCCGACCACGAGAAGAGGAGGAGGAAGGAUGAGACGUAUCCAAUCAGGACUCCCACUUUUGCUGGAGGCCUUUUCUCCAUCUCCAAGGAUUACUUCUACCACAUCGGGAGUUACGAUGAGCAAAUGGAAAUCUGGGGCGGAGAGAAUAUUGAGAUGUCAUUCAGGGUGUGGCAGUGCGGUGGUAUGCUGGAGAUCCUCCCCUGCUCUGUGGUGGGACACGUCUUUCGCACCAAGAGCCCUCACACCUUCCCCAAAGGCACACAGGUCAUCGCCCGCAACCAGGUCCGUCUCGCCGAGGUCUGGAUGGACGGAUACAAGGAGAUCUUCUACCGCCGAAACCAACAAGCCAACCAGAUGGCCAAAGACGGCAGUUUUGGUGACAUUUCUCCACGCGUGGAGCUCCGUCAGCGGCUGCAGUGCAAGAGUUUUUCAUGGUAUCUCCAGAACGUCUUCCCCGAGGUCUUCAUGCCCGACCUCAACCCUCUGCGUUUCGGUUCGGUGAAAAACGUGGCUAAGGAUUCAUGCCUGGACGCAGGAGAGAACAACGAGGGUGGCAAACAGCUGAUCAUGUACCCCUGCCACGGACUGGGAGGAAAUCAGUAUUUCGAGUACUCCACCCACCACGAGAUCCGGCACAACAUCCAGAAGGAGCUGUGUCUGCACGGGGUGGACGGGGUCACGCUGAAGCUGGAGGAGUGCCAGUACAAGGGCCGCGACACUGCUGUGGGACUGCAGCAGAAGUGGGAGCUCAGACAGAAUCAGUUGUUCUUUCUCCCCGGUUUGAACUUGUGUCUCAGUGCGCGACACGAGCACCCAUCGCUCGCCCCCUGUAACCCAGGCGACAGAUUCCAACUAUGGCUUUUCGUCUGA